CAGCCCAAAUUUGCCAGACUCGGAGUUCCACCUUAACCUACUAACCUAGCACACUCAUAUGAGGGAUCAUAUAAAUUCUCUCCCUCUCCGCCGCUCCAGCUCUCUAGUCUAAACAGCUCCAUCUCAGUAGCAGCUUAGGGUUUCUCUGCCGCACCCAUGGGUAAGGGAACUGGAAGUUUCGGUAAGAGGAGGAACAAGACCCACACCCUCUGCGUGAGGUGUGGCCGUCGCAGCUUCCAUCUCCAGAAGAGUCGCUGCUCCGCUUGUGCCUACCCAGCUGCCCGCACCAGGAAAUUCAACUGGAGUGUGAAGGCUAUCAGGAGGAAGACCACCGGGACCGGAAGGAUGAGGUAUCUGCGCAAUGUCCCACGCAGGUUCAAGAGCGGCUUCAGAGAAGGUACCGAAGCUGCACCAAGGAAGAAGGGAGCUGCAGCUUCUGCUUAAGUAUGUGAGAGUGUCAUUUUGGGUACCGGUCAUAGCUUUACUAGGGCGCUUUAUGAUUCUGGACAAGUUCUUUAAGAACAUUGUUAUUGUUAUUAUCGAGGGCAAAACUUCUAUUAUUGCUUUAGUUGCUUUGAGUUUUGAACAUGAAAUGUACCAGACUAGUUUUACUUUCUAAUUACAUGAUGGUUUGAUGAUAUCUGAAA